CUCUCUCUAUCCCUCUUUUUUUCUUCCCCUCUCUAUCUUUUCUAUCUGCUAUAUCGUCUUACAACUGCCGAAUUUUCAUAAAAUCCUCUUUCUGACGCUUUUCUUUCAUUUAUUCUUUCUAGUGAAAUCCACACUUGCCCAGCAAGACAUUUAUAUAGUGUUUUUUUUCGACACGGAACAAAAACAACCACAACAAUAUCAACUGUCCCAGUGAGCACGGCAUAAACGACAAUCAACAUGAGUUCUGAUAUUGCAGAGCGCAUUGCCAAUGCCCGCAAGGAAGCAGAGUUCUUGAAGGACAAGAUCAGGGAAAAGAAGAGCGCACUCAAUGACACGUCCUUGAGAGUCAUGUCUCAAGAGCUGGAGCCAUUGACGCGCAUCGGAAUGCGUAUCCGACGAGUGCUCAAGGGUCAUCUGGCAAAGAUUUACGCCAUGCAUUGGGCCAUGGACAAGAGGCAUCUGGUCUCAGCCUCACAGGAUGGAAAGUUGAUCGUCUGGGAUGCUUACACAACCAAUAAGGUGUAUGCCAUCCCUCUGCGGUCGUCCUGGGUCAUGACCUGCGCCUAUGCGCCGACAGGCAACUUUGUCGCCUGCGGUGGUCUCGAUAACAUGUGUUCGAUCUACAAUCUCCGUACUCGGGAAGGAGCUGUGAAGGUGGCACGAGAAUUGAGUGCACAUUCUGGUUAUCUCUCCUGCUGCCGAUUCCUGAACGACCGGCAGAUCCUGACGUCGAGUGGAGACAUGAGCUGUAUGCUGUGGGAUAUCGAUGCAGGAAUAAAGGUCAUGGAAUUCAACGACCAUACGGGCGAUGUCAUGAGUUUAUCGCUUUCACCCGAUCAGCGCUUAUUUGUUUCUGGAGCGUGCGACUCUACAGCAAAAGUGUGGGACAUUCGAUCUGGACGCUGCGUUCAGACAUUUACUGGACAUGAAUCCGAUAUCAACGCUGUGCAAUUCUUCCCCAACGGCGAUGCAUUUGGAACUGGGUCAGACGAUGCGUCGUGUCGCUUAUUCGACCUUCGAGCGGAUCGCGAGAUGAACAUCUACACACACGACAACAUUCUCUGCGGCAUCACCUCGGUCGCGUUCUCGAUCUCUGGACGGCUCAUGUUUGCAGGAUACGAUGAUUUCAACUGUAAUGUCUGGGACACCCUGCGUGGUGAGCGAGUCGGCGUGCUGAUGGGACACGAAAACCGUGUCAGCUGUUUGGGAGUUGCAAGCGAUGGUAUGGCGAUGUGUACUGGAAGCUGGGACACGACGUUGAAGGUCUGGUCUUGAUCGCGACUGUAGGACAUUUUUUCGAGUUCAGGACCAAACAACUGCUGCUUUCUAUAGCCAUCCGCUGCCGCAUCUCUUUCUUUCUCUCUCUCUCUCUCUCUCUCUCUCUCUCUCUCUCUCUCUCUCUCUCUCUCUCUCUCUCUCUCU